AUGCUGCUUCUCAGAGCUGCUGUCCAACCUGUACUUGCGUGGGAACGGGAAGACACUCCUGGAGGAAUCGACAGAGCAGGCAGACCAAGGAGUUCAUCUUCUCGGAGCUGCUGUCCAAACUGUACUCGCGUGGGAAGGAGCAGACACUCCUGGAGGAGUCGGCAGAGCUGGGAGACCAACGAGUUCAUCUUCUCAGAGCUGCUGUCCAACCUGCACUCGCGUGGGAUCCAGAAGACACUCGUGCAGGAGUCGGCAGAGCAGGCACAAUGGCGCGACGAGUUGCUGCUUCUCAGACCUCCUGUCCAACCUGUACUUGCGUGGGAACGAGAAGACACUCCUGGAGGAGUCGGCAGAGCAGGCAGACCAAGGAGUUCAUCUUCUCAGAGCUGCUGUCCAAUCUGUAGUCGCGUGGGAAUGAGAAGACACUCCUGGAGGAGUCGGCAGAGCAGGCAGACCAAGGAGUUCAUCUUCUCGGAGCUACUGUCCAACCUGUACUCGCGUGGGAAUGAGCAGACACUCCUGGAGGAGUCGGCAGAGCAGGCAGACCAAGGAAUUCAUCUCCUCGGAGCUGCUGUCCCACCUGCACUCGCGUGGGAACCAGAAGACACUCGUGGAGGAGUCGACAGAGCAGGCAGACCAAGGAGUUCAUCUUCUCAGAGCUGCUGUCCAACCUGUACUCGCGUGGGACGGAGCAGACACUCCUGGAGGAGUCGGCAAAGCAGGCUGACCAAGGAAUUCAUCUUCUCGGAGCUGCUGUCCACCUGCACUCGCGUGGGAACCAGAAGACACUCGUGGAGGAGUCGGCAGAGCAGGCAGACCAAGGAGUUCAUCUUCUCAUCGCUGCUGGCCAACCUGUACUCCCGUGGGAACGAGCAGACCCUCCUGGAGGAGUCGGCAGAGCAGGCAGAACCAGGAAUUCAUCUUCUCGGAGCUGCUGUCCAACGUGUACUCGCGUGGGAACGAGAAGACACUCCUGGAGGAGGCGACAGGGUAGGCAGACCAAGGAGUUCAUUUUCUGGGAGCUGCUGUACAACCUGUACUCGCGUGGGAACGAGAAGACACUCCAGGAGGAGUCGACAGAGCAGGCAGACCAAGGAGUUCAUCUUCUCGGAGCUGCUGUCCAACCUCUACUCGCGUGGGAACGAGCAGACACUCCUGGAGGAGUCGGCAGAGCAGGCAGACCAGGGAGUUCAUCUUCUCGGAGCUGCUGUCCAACCUGUACUCGCGUGGGAACGAGAAGACACUCCUGGAGGAGUCGGCAGAGCAGGCAGACCAAGGAAUUCAUCUUCUCGCAGCUGCUGUCCCACCUGCACUCGCGUGGGAACCAGAAGACACUCGUGGAGGAGUCGACAGAGCAGGCAGACCAAGGAGUUCAUCUUCUCAGAGCUGCUGUCCAACCUGUACUCGCGUGGGAUGGAGCAGACACUCCUGGAGGAGUCGGCAAAGCAGGCAGACCAAGGAAUUCAUCUUCUGAGAGCUGCUGUCCAACCUGCACUCGCGUGGGAACCAGAAGACACUCGUGCAGGAGUCGGCAGAGCAGGCACAGUGGCGCGACGAGAUGCUGCUUCUCAGAGCUGCUGUCCAACCUGUACUUGCGUGGGAACGGGAAGACACUCCUGGAGGAGUCGGCAGAGCAGGCAGACCAAGGAAUUCAUCUUCUCGCAGCUGCUGUCCCACCUGCACUCGCGUGGGAACCAGAAGACACUCGUGGGGGAGUCGACAGAGCAGGCAGACCAAGGAGUUCAUCUUCUCAGAGCUGCUGUCCAACCUGUACUCGCGUGGGACGGAGCAGACACUCCUGGAGGAGUCGGCAAAACAGGCAGACCAAGGAAUUCAUCUUCUCGGAGCUGCUGUCCCACCUGCACUCGCGUGGGAACCAGAAGACACUCGUGGAGGAGUCGGCAGAGCAGGCAGACCAAGGAGUUCAUCUUCUCAUCGCUGCUGUCCAACCUGUACUCCCGUGGGAACGAGCAGACCCUCCUGGAGGAGUCGGCAGAGCAGGCAGACCAAGGAAUUCAUCUUCUCGGAGCUGGUGUCCAACCUGUACUCGCGUGGGAAUGA